UUUGUCAUUUUGACAAGUGAUAAUGAUUAAUGAAGUAAAUCAGUCUUGAAAAAUACGACGGAAUUAUGUGAUAUGUGAUUCAUCUGAUAUUUGGGAACUUACAACAAAAAACACCCUAGACAAUAAAGCAUUCAUAACAAUAAUGGACUUAACGAUUGAAGUCAUUAGUUGAUAAAUAUUUACCAAAAUUCCAGGACUGUUUUCAAUAAGUAUCCCUUAUGUAAACUGGUAUUAUUCGACGAUUCAUAAAUGGAUAAAUACACUGUUGACCUGGACAAAGUUUUGAAUGACUUUGAAUACAGUGAGUACAGUUUAGAAAGUGCAAAGGUGAAUAGAAACAUUCAGAAUGAAAAUCCAAAUACUUCCUUCAAUACAAACCCAUGCAGCCGAAAUGAUACAUCAGCCAAGCAUUCCAUAAAUAACGUUUUUCAUAGUUUGAACGAAUACCUGAGUUCUGAUAUUACGCCUAAGAAGAUAGAAAGCAUGCAUAAUAAUUUUAAAGGCAUUACUAUCCCACAAGAUUCACAGGCAUCCACAUUUUCAGUGAAACCCCAACCAUUUAUACCUCCAAAGGUGCUUUCUCAAACGUUAGACAACACUCACCAGGUUUCACUUGAAUCAACGUUUCAUAAUGAAUUCCAAGGAGUCAAGCAAAUAGAUAGAAUUAGUGAAGAGGUCAGUUAUGAUUUCAAUGAAAGUUUUGUGCAUAAUAUUGAUACCCAUAGUGAUACUUGUGCAAUUAUUCCAAAUCAAGAAAUUCUUGAAGGGAAAUGUGAAACUAAUAUUGUAGACAUACCUGUAACAAAUACCCUUGACAAUAAAUGUCUGCAAGAUGAAACGCCUGAAAAUGGGAGUUCUAAGUAUUGUCCACAAAAUUCAGUUGAAAGUAACUGCAACUCUGCAUUUGUAACGAGUUUAGACAAUGAAAUUCCUGAAGAAAUAUUAGUUGAUGUGUCUAGUGAAAAUUCCUUCUGUAACAAUAGUAUUCCAACAAGUCAAACAACAGAAAACAAAGAUAAUGAAAGUGAAGAAAGAACUAAAAACAAUAUCAUUGAUUUGGAAGAUAAUGAAGUACGAAAUGAAGAAAAUAUUAUUGAUUCGGUGAAAAAUGAAGUAAGUAGUAAAGGACUUAUUGAAAAUACAGAAUGUGAUACAAGAAGUGACAGCAUUUUAGAACCAGAAAGUAUUGAGCAGGAGGAAAAAAAUGAAAUGAGAGAUCAAAAAAUUCAGUUAAAUGAAGAAAAAUCAGAAGCAACUGCCACUGAAAUUGAAAAAAUAGGAUUUGAUACUGAGGUUGAAAUUGAUGAAGAAAAUAUCGAUCAAUAUUUUCAUGAAUUGGAAAAAGAACUAGGCAUUCAAAAUCAAGAAUCAGAAAAAAAUGAAUACUCAGAUAUGACAAAUCAUUUGGAUAAUAUUGAUCCGGAUAUACAAGACAUCGAUCUCAAAACAGAGAAGAAAGAUGAAGAAAAUGAAAAAACAGCAUCAGCAAAGGAAGAACAUUUGAAAACAGCAAGCCCAACACUUGAUCUGCAAAAAAAUGAGGUUCCUAUCGAAAUAGAAAUUCCUUCCAAUGAAAAGAUUUUGGAAAAACAAGAACCAUCUUCUGAAGAAUCAAGUGAAGACAAUAAGAUACAACUGAAUAAAUCUAAUGAAAAUCAUAGCACCGAAAUAGAUGAAGAAUCAACACAGAUAGAUCCACCAAAAUCUAUAGGAGAAGCAGAGGGCGACCUUAAAUCCGAUCAACUUGAUGAUUUCUCUACAAAAAUAGGUUUAAACCCAUCAGAGGCAUCGAAUGUUCCUGAAAGCCAUCAAGUCAUAGAAGAAUCUCAAGAAUCUGGGAAAAAUUCAAGACCUCAAAUUCUAACACUUAGCGAGGAAGUCCAAGAGAAAACAAGAAAAAUCAACCUCAUUGGCGAACCAGGAUCAACUCCUUACAACAAUUUGUACAGCACCAAGGACUUCUCGAAGACUAUCACAGAUGACAGAGGAGAUCACAAUACGGAUAGGGCAAGGUCCCCCACAUACUCAGAUGUGUCAACGGAUUCAGUGUCGAGCGGUUCUUCUGAUGGUGCCGCCAAACAGAACGAUGCAAUAUCUGAAGUACAGAAAGAUGAAAUAAAGAGCGAUUUAACCUUGAAGGAGACAAUGCAGAAUAACAUGGUCAAUCCAGUUGAGACAUCCAGAAGUGACAUUACCAUGGAUAAGGACUUCAAAAAUAAUCUCAAAACAAGUAAUGUAAGGACAGAAGAUGGUGCAAGCACUUCUAGUACCAAAUUGGAGGAGAGUGUGAAGGUUGAUAAUGAGCAAGAGGUUGAGGGAGCCUGUGCAAUGGAUACAGAAACAAAUAAUAGAGCAUGUCAGGAAAAUUUGGACAAGGAGGAAGAAGGGAUUGUGGGGUCCUCCUGCUCUGGCGGAAUCGACUGGCUUGGCAAACAAGCACCUCUUUGGAUACCCGACAAUGAAGCGAUGAGUUGUUUGCACUGUGACAUGAAAUUCACUGUUAUAAAAAGAAGGCAUCACUGUAGGGCUUGCGGUUUGGUGCUCUGUUCGAACUGCUGCAGCCUCAAAUACCAUCUGGAAUACCUGAACGCGGUAGCAAGAGUGUGCAAGAAAUGCUUCGAUAUACUAGUCAACAAUGCAUGCAGCAAUUCGGGGAGUGAAACUUCCCAAGAAUCCUCAUCUCCUAGUAGAAACUUGAACGCUACCCAGGAUAAUUUGGGACCUCCGAACCCGAAUAAUCCUUUAGAAUAUUGCUCUACCAUACCCCCCACUCAACAGGUGGAUCCCGGUGCUCUAUCUGUCCCAUCAGUGAUGGUACCUGUCGGUGUUUUGAAGCGGAAAGGUUCGAAUAAGGGAAGGAGCAAUAAAAGCGUGAUGUUUUGCGACGGUAUACGUCCUGGCAGCGAUCUCACUAACUUGGAUACCGAUUUCAAUUACUCCGAAAAGCAAAAAUCGGAAAAACUCAAGAAAUCCCCUGAAAAAUCCACCAAAACGGGUAGAAAUCUCGACCUGAUAGAUAGCGAGAGUAAAAGCUUCAUUCCAAGCGAUGAAAAAAGUUUACCACCUACUGUUACAAUAUUGAAAACUGAUAACAAAUAUUCUCCCUGUGCAAACAAUUCCAGCGUGGUAGAGAUGUUGAAGAAUGAAUCCUUGACCUUUGCACUCCAAUCGAAUGUGUUCGUUCAUGUAAAAAUUAUAAACAUGGACUGUUGUGUUAGCCGGAUAGCUUGGUGUUUUUCUACAGAAGGUUUAAUUAAUGUUGGACAGGAUGAAAUUGUUAUAUUGUUAGAGUUCAGUGAAAACGAGUCCUCAGUACCGAAAGAAAUUUUUGAGCAUUUGAACUAUGUGUAUUUAGAGGCUGUUAAAGGCAGUUCUGUGAAAGAGUUGGGCAUGUCCUUACAUCCAAACUCGCCAUUUUUGGGCUCAAAGAAUCACUUUGGGUUCAUUUACAUAAGACCUACGUUCCAAUGUCUCCAGAAUGUGAUUAUACCGAAAGAACCAUAUCUUAUUGGCAUAUUAAUUCACAGGUGGGAAACACCUUGGGCAAAACUGUUUCCUUUGCGUUUAAUCUUACGUUUAGGAGCCGAAUAUAAGUACUAUCCAAGUCCGAUCAUAUCAACCAGAGAUAGGGAUAGCGUGUUCGUUGAAAUAGGACAUACAAUAAUCAAUAUUUUAGCUGAUUUCAGAAAUUUCUCGUAUACUUUGCCUCAAAUCAGAGGUCUCACCAUACACAUGGAGGACAAGAACACUACUGUUACCAUACCCAAAAACAGAUACGAUCAAAUUUUGAAGAGCCUCUCGAAUUCGAGCGAUCACAUUCUGGCAUUCGCUGGAAAUUUCAGCAGCGCUGCCGACUCGCAUUUAGUAUGCAUUCAAGAUACGCAGAGCGCAACUAAUAAUUAUAGCACCCAUGCCAUAAACAUCUGUAACCAGCCAAGGAAAGUUACCGGAGCUAGUUUCAUUGUAUUUAAUGGAGCGCUAAAGUCGACCAGCGGCUUGACAGCGAAAUCAAACAUCGUAGAGGAUGGGCUCAUGAUACAAAUAUUACCUGAGCACUUGUUGCAAGUAAGGGACUCUUUGAAAAAUAUGAAGAAUCACACGAUUCAAUGUGGUUGCAUAAAUGAAGAGAGUGAUGAAACCGUAACUAUUGUUUGGGGUGAACCAGAUACUAGUUUCAAUGUUGGUGUUAUUUCGCCUAUUGACAAUAAAGAUCUGACUGGAAUACCAUCGAUAAGAGUUCACAAUGGAAAAGACUAUACCUGCAACAGUGGUAACCGACUGAUCAGAUGGACUGAAGUCUUUAUCAGUCAGAGCGGGGAAGACCAGUCUAAAAACCAAGAUACCGUGGAUAUUUCGAAAAUUUCAGAGAACAUAUCUAAGGCUACCUGUCAGGCACUAGUGAAGUAUUUGGAUCUGCUCGUUAGCAAUAGUUUUUAUAAAAUUGGAUUGAGGGCCCACAUACACAUAGAGAAUGUGUCCUAUUCAGCAGGUUCAAAUAACGUCAAGCUACCACCAAUUUAUAUGAAGAGCUUAGACAACGAACUGAUACCGGUUCUUCACAGACUAGCCUCAAACAACGUCACAGAUCAACCUAUAGUUUUGGAACUGAUAUUUCGCAUUCUUAAGAUAUAACAAUUUAGAUUUUCAUGCUCCAUUGAGUCAAUAUUUUAUUGUAACUAGCUCUAUUCUAUAAUUUUCUUGCAGAGUGUUAGAAUUCGAAAUUCUAGUUUACCCCUAAAAAAUCUUGACUGGUAUUGGAGUAAAUAUAUAUAUAUACCUAAAAUUUGGAAAAAAUAACAAUUUUUCUUCGUGAUGUGAUAUUUUAAAACACUCUGUUCUAAACGAUUCAACUUCCUUGAAGCUUAUUUAGUUAAUGCACUACUUUGGUUUUAGAGGUUUCCAGCUGUUUAUAUACAUUAUUUUAUCAACUGUUAAAUUUAGAAUAUAUGUUAAUAAAUGAAGAUAUAUUUAUGAAAAA